CAGCCCGCCUCCUCCUCCUCGUUUCUCUUCUCCUCCUCCUCCGUGUCUCUCCCAGUUCUCUCCAUCACUCCGUGAGCUUCGCCUCUCCUCCUCUUCCUCGGGGUUUCCUCCUCAGACCAGCACCAUGUUCCUGACGUGAGGUCGGUCAGCCUGAGCGGUCGGUGUGUUUUCGGACCGGCUGGAUGCUGUGAGCGGCGGGAAGGCAGAGCGGACCUUCAUCCUCCACUGAGUGCCUCUGUUCGGUGAAGCAGCAGCAGCAGCAGCAGCAGCAGCAGCAGCAACAUGGAUCUGUCCUUCAUGGCCGCGCAGAUCCCAGUCAUGACUGGGGCCUUCAUGGACUCCUCACCCAACGACGACUACAGCGGCGAGCAUUCGCUCUUCAACUCUUCGGCCAGCGUCAACGCGGCGGCCUCGGCCGCCUCGGCGCACGGCCAGCCGGACGAGCAGCAGUCCAUGUCCAGCGACGCCAUCUGGCUGUGGAUCGCCAUCAUUGCGACUAUAGGGAACAUAGUGGUGGUGGGCGUGGUCUACGCCUGCACCUUCUGAUAGACAUGCUGCACCAACUCCAUCAUCCAGACGGUUUGAUGUGUGGAAACAGAACCAACAUCCUCCAUGUCUGAACUGACCUUCCUCUGAUUCUCACCUGGUUCUUUAAUCUGUUUAGAUCUGCUGAAGUUUCAAAGGUCUGAUCCGUGACGGUGAUGUGUUGACUUUGUUGUGCAGGAAGGCUGGUUUUCUCAACGCGUCUCUUUAACUGAAGAUGUUUAUGUUUAUACAAGAUGGUUAUUAACUUUAUGUUUCUUUGUUCUGCUAUUUGUUUUACUUAAAUGUCUUUUUGUGUGUUUUUCCCUGAACAGCAGCUUUCUAGUUACUGGAAAAAGAUUAAAUUGGGUCCAAAUUCUGGUUAAAUCUUAAGCAUCCAUGAAACAACCAGAACGGGUCUGGAGUCAUCCAGGUGUUUCUGACAUGCUGGACUCUGAAUGAGCUUCUUCUGUCGGGGUGAAGCCCGGCGCCGAGCUGCUGCUCCACAUUUCAGAAUGUAAAGCUGUUCUCCUCCUGACGGUCCGGUCGACCCGGUUCUGUAGGAACCAAAACUCCAGCAUCUGCUCCAGCCGCUGUGGUUCUGUUUGGUGUUCACAUAUGAAUUUGAACUGAACCAGAGUUCACUUCAACCAAACCAGACCGAGGCUUGGAGGACCACAGGUCAGAGGUCGAAUAGUGUUCAUACCUCUCCAACCGAACUGGACUUUCUAUGUAAACGGACUGGAUUCAGGUUAAAGCGGACGGAGUUGGGCUGGAGGGAAUCCAGGCUUAGAGGUGGAGAACUCCAGCUGAUCCAGAACCUUAUGCAGGUUCUGGAUUCCUGCAAACAUUUCUGGAUUCUGAGCUGAGAGAGAUGCUGGGAUUCAGACAAUCGGGGCAGCAGGACUGGAUCCACUGGAUUUUAGCAGGAACUGGAUCCACUGAAUGUUAGCAUGACGGGAUUCACUGGAUGUUAGCAGGACUGGAUCCACUGGAUGUUAGCAUGACGGGAUCCACUGGAUGUUAGCAUGACUGGAUCCACUUGAUGUUAGCAGGAAC